AUGGAGGAGGAGGAGGAGGAGGAGGAGGAGGACGAGGAGGACGAGGAGGACGAGGAGGACGAGGAGGAGGACGAGGAGGACGAGGAGGACGAGGAGGACGAGGAGGACGAGGACGAGAGACAGAGCAAAGGAAAACAGAAGGACAAGGACGAGAAGGAAGAAUCAAAAGGCGAGGAGCAGGAGCAGAAGCAGCAGCAGAAGCAGAAGCAGGAGAAAGAGCAGAAGGAGCAAGAUAAUCAUCCUGACCUUUUCUGGAUCAUCAGCUUUAGACGCCAAGAUCGUUAA